AUGCAGCCUUUGUCGAAGUCUCUUCGUAUCACUCAGAUGGCAUUAUCUGACUGUGCACGGUCAUUCUUUCGGAAGGAACCACUCUAUAUAAAUCUGACAGGAGAUGGGUCACCUGGAUCGCCAGUGGCACUGAUGGAAGGCUCAGAGGUGAUGGAAGGGUGGCACAGGAUCAGUCCAUCGGGUGUCGACUUCCCGAACAUCAUUACUGCUCGAUCUUUACUUGAGUUUCCCAUGCAUCGCCCAGUGUUAGAUGUCAAAAAGAGUCGGAAGCCUUCUCUCAUAGUGCUUCCGACAUAUGACAAUCAGGCACCUUUGAAGGCGGCCGAGGCUGCAGUAAAAAAUGCACCGUUUGGGGAGGCUUUGCGAGUUCCGGGUGGCCAUUUUGACUUGUAUGCUGGUGGCAUUGCCUUUGAUUCCAAUCUUGCGGGUCAGCUCGCGUUUCUCGAGCGUAUUCUUGUCUGA